AUGAAUAUUCAAGAUAUAACUGAUACUAAUAAUUAUGAAUUAUAUAUUGAAGUUGAUUCUGCAGAAUUCAAGGAUGACAAUGAAUUACAUAUCAAAAACGAAGUUGAUUGUGCAAAAAUUGAAGUUCUUACAGAUAAUGAAUGGGAAGAAUUUCUCACAGAUGAUGAACAAGAAGAGCUUCUCACAAAUGACAAACAGAAAAAGCUUUUCACAAAUAAUAAAAAAGGAAAGUAUAAAUAA